AUGGAUAUUCAAGGCACUCGUAUCGCUCCUGGCGCUCGCAGCACCAAGGUCACCACCGACCCUCGUGCCCAGCAGCAGCCCAUCAUCGAGCCCUCUGGCCCCGUCACCAACGACUCCCUCGCUGCCGAGUCCAUUCACACCGGCGGUGCCUUCUCUGCAAACCGAGGCGCCGAGCCCAUGGGCGUCUCCGGCAACCAGUCCACUCUAAAGAACACCGAUACCUCAGCCGCAAAGACCCUCUCCUCUGCCUCCGUUGGCAGCGUCCGUGGAGACAACCAACGCCAGGAGAAGUACCCCGAGGCCCUCGGCGGCCAGGGUAACUUCCCGGGCGCUCACAUUACCGGCUACGCUGGCGGUUCGACCGCCGCCAAGCAGCAGAUGGGCAUGCACACCGGUGAAUACGCUGCCUCUCAGCACUUGCCGAGCAAGGCCGCCGCUAGCGGUAGCAGCCAAUACAACAAUGGCCAGGCGCCUUACUACGUCAAGGACGUGACCGACGGCUCCCAGGGUCAGAAGUCCAAGGGCAAGAACCUGCACCAGGGUGGCUCCAGGCCUGAUGAUAGCAAGAACGCAAGCUUCACCUCUGAGAUUGGUUCUGAGAUGGACCCUGGUCGUGCUGCGGAGGUCAAGUUCCAGAGCCGAGUGGCUGAGAGUGGCGCAAGUGCUGGUGGUCCCCGUCAGAAGGGUGUUGAUGAUCAAAACCUCUACCGGACCUUGGAGUCUGAUCAGCGUGCCUAA